UUGGUGAACGCUCACGUCGGCGUUUAUGUCGGCGUAUCGGGAGGUAGCUUUUUUACGCCUAGUGUCGCCUCUCCAAAAACGACCAAAGUAAGCGUGUACGCAGCCAGUGGAUAUGCGAUAUCGAUUCUUUCCGGUCGCCUCUCGUUCAUGCUGGGCCUCACGGGCCCGAACUUCCCCGUCGAUACGGCCUGCUCCUCGACUCUAGCGGCGCUUCACUGCGCAGCCUAG